AGAAGUUGUGAUUAUCGUGUGAAAUAUGUGCAAAAAGUGUGAAAGAAGAAUACAAGGAGACAUGUUUUCAAACAAAAGAGGAGAACGAGCUACAACGUCAACUACUCGACGUUGUUUUCAAGAAGACUCAAGGAGCGUUCAACACAGCCGACGUCAGUGAAAAUUAUGUUCAUUCUGAGCAGGCGGAGCCAGAACCCUCUCACAUGAAAGAGGAAGUGCAGGAAUCUGCUGUCACCGAGUUUCCCUUGAUUGUUAUUGUCAAGAGUGAAGAUGAUAAUCAAAAAGAGGAUGACGGAGACAACUUUGGAGUAUCCCUCACAGAGAGCUUCUUACCGCCACUAAGUGACAGUGAUGGCGUCACAACACGCUCUUCUGACACUGCUGAUGAUGAACACUUAAAAGAUAUGACAUGUCACACUGAUGACAAAUGCCGGAAUUGUUCUCAGUGUGGGAAAAUGUUUUCUUCAAAGUCGGGUUUGAAAGAACAUGUGAGAAUACACACUGGGGAGAAACCUUUUGCCUGCUCAGUUUGUGGUAAAACAUUUACUCAGAAGGGUCAUUUGAUGACACAUGCUCGAACUCACACCGGGGAGAAACCUUUUGCCUGCUCAGUGUGCAGUGUGAUAUAUGCUCGAAAGAUUCUUUUGACAAAUCAUAUGAGAACACACACUGGAGAGAAACCUUUUGUCUGCUUAAUUUGUGGUAAAAGCUUCUCUGUGAAAGUCAGCUUAAUAAUGCACACAAGAACACAGACUGGAGAAAAACCUUUUGUGUGCUCAGUUUGUGGGAAGAGCUUCUCUCUAAAAGCACAUUUAAGAACACACACAAGAACACACACUGGAGAGAAGCCUUUUACCUGCUCUGACUGUGGUCAAAUGUUUUCUGAAAAGGGAAACCUAAGAAGACACAGGAGAACUCACAUUGUCGACAAACCUUUUGCUUGCUCAGUUUGUGGUAAAAGAUUCACUCAGAAGGUAUAUUUGGGAACCCAUACAAGAAUCCACACUGGGGAUAAGCCGUUUGCCUGCUCAGUUUGUGAUAAAAGCUUCUCCAUUAGGAGAAGUUUAAUGAGGCACAUAAGAACACACACUGGAUUGAAACCUUUUUCCUGUUCAGUGUGCGACAAAAGCUUCUCUUUAAAAGCACAUCUAAGAACACACACAAGAACACACACAGGGGAAAAACCUUUUGCCUGUUCAGUUUGUGGUAAAAGUUUCACCCAGAAGGGAAAUUUAGAAGCACACGCAAGAACGCACACCGGAGAGAAACCUUUUUCCUGUUCAGUCUGCAGCUUAGCUUUCAUCGAUAGCACAGGACUCGUUCAACACAUGAGAACACACACCGGUGAGAAACCUUUUGCCUGCUCAGUUUGUGGUAAAAGAUUCUCCCAACGACGGACUUUGACAACACACACAAGAAUACACGAUGGUGAGCUACCAUGAUCCACAAGUGUGCUGGUGAGAAAACCGACGUAAAGAAAGCUUGAAAUAAAUUGGAAACAUUUACACGGUGGGGUGAGAUGUAAAAAAAUAUUUGUGAUGCUGAAUAAAAUGCAAGUCUCCAAACUGA